GUUUUGUCCCUCAACCCACUUGACAAGACAAACCAGCAUGUCAUUUACUUCACUUGUCACCAAGGCUGUUACACGCCAGCCUACGCUCAUAUUCAAGCGCAAUGCACACAAAAAAGCAUCUAUCAACGUCAAGCUCAACACAUAUAUAGAGGGACUCGGCUUGAAAGACGAGGUUGUAACUGUUCGACCAGGUUUAAUGCGAAAUGUGCUGCUUCCAUCCAAGCAGGCGUCAUAUAUCAAUAAGUUCAAUGGACCACGGGACAGAAAUGCUGUUUUGGCCGAACCUGUUGUGCAAAAGAUGGUCGAUCCAUCCAUUGGGAUUAAGCGACAGGAUACCGCCGCACGAAAGUUGUUUGCCGAACUAGCUGCAUUACCCGGCCCACUCGAAUUUGUCCGUGCCGUCAUUCCGGACACCACAGCAACCUUCGGUUCAGUCACCAGCGAAGAUAUCGCAGAGAAACUUAGCGAGUAUGAGGUUACUCUGGAUAAGCGUUUGGUUCUCAGUGAAAAAAUCAAGUCUUUGGGCCAACACCAAGUUUCCAUCAAGUGUGGUGAAUCUCAAGUCAACAUCGAUGUCAUUGUGAAGUCCCCAUAGAGGCAAUCAAAUUCUAAACUUAAAGCACUCUCAUUGCUGCCUGUAUAUUAAAAAAGAACAAUCGUUAUAGACAAAGCUUUUAGCAUUUGGUCCUCUUCUGGUGUAUGAUUUGGUCGGAUUGUGUGGUUGUCCUGACGGUUUUAAGCAAA